AUGCCGAUAUUGGUACUAUUCCUAUUUGGUUUGCUAACACUCCGUAAUAUUCGUCAACAUCGACAACAAGUACAUGUAGCAACUUAUCAUGCGAGUGUGAAUUUACAUCGUCGACGAGAUAGGCAAAUGAUACGAUUAAUCUUAUGUCAGACUUGCGUUUAUGUUAUAUUAUCACUACCAUCAACCAUAACGUUAACUUAUAAUUCAUAUGUAUUACCACCAUCAGCAACAGCAGCAUUUUUAACACAACUAUUUGGAAUUCUGACUUACACUCUAUUUGCUAUUGGAUUCUUUAUAAAUAUUCUCUCAGCUGCGGUCUAUAGACAGGAAUUUUUAAAGAUUCUAAAUCAAAUAUUCAAGAAAAUAUUCCGAUCAACAUUGAUCGAACGACGUUUCUUGGAUCGACGACAACCACAAACACAAAUGGCAUCCACUCUCGUUCGUCGGGUAUCCACGCUGCAUGUGCCUAGCAGACAGAUCAAACAUUAG